AUGGCAUCGCGUCUUACGGGCGUGGAUAUACGGGGGCGAAACAGCGAACAGCGGCUACUGACGAGAGUCAUAGGAAAUAGACCGAUGCAAACAAAUUUGUCCGUUAUACUCCGGACUGCAGUAGGAAUGAUGAACCCCAGCAGAGAAGAAACGCAUCGAUCACGGAGACGCCGGCGAGGACGACGACGGCAACUAUUGUGGAGCAACGGACGAUCGACAAGUAUGACGAUGAUGCACUUGCUGAUGUUGUUCUGUUUUCUACAGAAUCCGUUGACUGGGACUGUGACCGGUUUUAGCAUGUCACCAGAUACCCAACUUCAAGCACCUCGAUUCACCACUCAACCGUCUUCGUCUGGUUCGAUUGUGAACGAAGGUCGAACGAAGAUUCUUCAAUGUCACGCAUUAGGUUAUCCACAGCCUACAUAUCGUUGGAUCAAAGAUGGCAUCCCGGUAGGAAACUUCAGCAAUAGCCAGUAUCUUAAAAUACUGAAUAUUACACGUGAUAAUGCCGGUUCAUACCAGUGUGAAGCAGCAAACAAAGCUGGGACCAUUUUUAGCGAAAAAAUCGAUGUUGUUGUUGCUUAUAUGGGUGUAUUUGUUGAUUUGUCUGAAAAAAUCGUUUCGGUAGUGUCAGGCUAUCCUGCAAUAUUAAACCUUUCAUACAUAGAAUCGGUCCCAGCACCCUCAGUGACAUGGCAAACAGAUGAAGGCCCGUUAGAGUACAACAUAAAGUACGCGCAAACUUCCAGUAACCAAUUGAUUAUCUUGAGCGCUGAUGAGGGAGAUAUCCGUGCGUAUCGAGCACGCGCCUUUAAUACACAAAUUGGCCGCGAGGAAAGCACCGGUUUUGUGCGGUUAAAUGUAACUGGCAAUCAGUAUACCGAGAUUGCACCGGAGAUAAUUGUGCAUCCGCAGAGCAUGAAGGUUGUGCGUGGCGCACAGACGGUCGAAUUGGAAUGCAUUGCCAAUGCGCGUCCACUACACGAGCUUGAAACUAUUUGGCUAAAGGAUGGCAUUCUGAUUGAGAAUACCGGCAUUCAUUACACGCAAACCGAUCCUUGGAAUCGCACUGUCACGCUGCUUCACGUGAACCUGACACACACGGGUGAGUACACCUGUCAGGUGCAAAUGCGCACCGGGGGUCAUCCGAUCGUGUUCUCUGUGGCGCAGGUUACCGUGCAGGAACCACCUACGUUCGUGACACCGUUGCGUACCGAAACGUUAGGCGAGUACGGAUCGCGAACCGUAUUAGCAUGUGAUGUAAUUGGUGCACCGCUGCCGAAAAUAACUUGGUUCAAAAAUGCGCGACCGAUUGAACCUGUAGCUGGUCGGUAUACCAUUCAAGAUGAUAAUUCCCUGGAAAUAUACAAGCUGGGAAUGGAUGAUACGGCUAUGUUCCAAUGUCUUGCUUCAAACGAGGCUGGUGAAAAAUCGGCCUACACUUGGCUGAAGGUUAAAACCUCAACCCCUAUAAUGGAAAUGGCACCGACAAAUCAGACGGUUCUUGAUGGCAAAGAUGCUACAAUGAAUUGUCGAGCGAUUGCAGCACCUACACCAAGCAUUUAUUGGAUCUACAACGAUACAUAUCCUAUUGAAACUACCGCCAGAAUGCAGAUUCUUGAUUCGGGUGAUCUGUUAUUAUCAAACGUCCGUGAAGCCGACAGUGGGCUUUACACGUGUAUAAGAGAAAAUGAAGCAGGGCGUAUUACUGGAUCAGGAUAUUUAAACGUACUAGUUCGAACACAAAUUGUUCGUCCACCAGCAGAUACAACCGUUCUGCUUGGGCAUUCGGCCGCAUUGGAAUGUGGUGUGUCAAGCGAUCCCACGGUACCGUAUAAUAUCGAUUGGUAUCGAGAGCCUAAUCGCUUGCCUAUCAAAAAUAGCCAACGCAUUGGCGUUAAAGGAGACGGUACACUCGAAAUUACAGAAGUGCGUCCUUCAGAUGUUGGUCAAUAUUCAUGUAUCGUAACUUCUCCUGGUGGAAAUGAAACACGCUCAGCCAGGUUGAGUGUCAUUGAAUUGCCAUUUGCACCGUCAAACGUACAGGCUGUGCGACUUAGCACGCCUCAAAACAGGGCGAUCAAUGUGUCCUGGACCCCCGGUUUUGACGGCAAUAGUAAAAUUAUUAAGUUUAUCGUUCAGCGACGUGAAGUACCAGAACUAGGACCCCUUCCCGAUCCGCUACUAAACUGGAUUACAGAAGCGGCCAACGUGUCCGCACAGGCAAAAUGGAUUUUGUUAACAAAUUUAAAGGCAGCAACGGCUUACCAAUUUCGAAUUAGCGCGGUCAACCGAGUCGGUGAGGGUUCUCCGUCGGAACCGAGCAAUGUAGUGAAAUUACCACAAGAACCUCCGUCAGGUCCUCCUGUAGGAUUCGUUGGUUCGGCACGUUCAUCAACUGAAAUCAUUAUACAAUGGCAACCACCCGUCGAAGAACAUCGGAACGGGCAGAUUCAUGGCUAUAUUAUUCGAUAUCGACUUUUCGGCUACAAUAAGAGCCCGUGGAAUUAUCGCAACAUUACUAAUGAGGCACAGCGUAAUUAUCUCAUCCAAGAGCUAAUCACAUGGAAGGACUAUACUAUCGAGAUAGCCGCUUAUAACAAUAUGGGUGUUGGUAACUACACAGACGGGGCGAAAAUCAAGACGAAAGAAGGUGUUCCAGAAGCGCCACCGACAAAUGUUCGUGCACAAUCACUCAACUCGACUGCUAUCCGUAUUUGGUGGACCCCUCCUAACCCGCAACAGAUUAAUGGUAUAAACCAGGGUUACAAGUUGCAGGCCUGGCGUUUCGAAAAGCCACCUCUUCAAUCUUCGGCUGCUGGGUCUAGUGUUGGAGGUGUAAUAACUGGGGGAACUAAUGACGAUGAUAAUGAAUUAAUCGAGACAGAAAUGAAAACACUUACCGUACCACCGAAUUUAUUGGAUCCAUUGGCUGAACAGAGUGAAGUGCUAAGCGGAUUAGAGAAAUAUACGUCAUAUAAUAUUACUGUACUGUGCUUUACCGAUCCAGGAGAUGGUGAACGUAGCGAACCAGUACCAGUACAUACGCUAGAAGAUGUUCCUGACGAAGUAAGUGCUUUGCAAUUCAGUGGAAUUUCUGAUCGUGAAGUGAGUGUAGCGUGGGAACCACCGCGACGCACCAACGGCAUACUCAUCGGAUAUCAAGUUCGUUACUAUGUGAAGGAUCAACCGGACACAGUACGUUUAGUUAACUUAACGGCCGAACAAACACGCCUCAAAGUAACACAUUUGACGGCAACGACGCAUUAUACGUUUGAAGUGAAUGGAUGGACGGUUGUGGGAGCUGGACCUCCGAAAGUCGCUACAAUUCAGUCGGGAAUCGAACCAGUUUUGCCGCACCCACCUUAUCAGCUGGCACUGUCCAAUAUCGAAGCUUUUUCGGUAGUUAUACAAUUUACACCAGGUUUCGACGGCAAUUCAUCCAUUACUAGUUGGAUCGUCGAGGCACAAACCGCUCGGAACCUUACAUGGUUUGUAGUGCAUGAGUUGCACGAUCCGGACGCUUCAACGGUGACUGUUUUAGGCUUAACUCCCUUCACAACAUAUCGAUUGCGUAUAACUGCUUGUAACGUCGUCGGUCGCUCGGAACCAUCAGAACCAACGAAAGAUUUCCAAACGAUCCAGGCACGCCCGAAACAUUCUCCUUUUAACGUGACAGUACGGGCAAUGAGCGCCACCGAAUUGCGUGUACGAUGGAUACCGCUGCAGCAAACUGAGUGGUUUGGUAAUCCGAGAGGUUAUAACAUCACCUAUCGGAACAUCCAUGAGAACGAUAUAUUACGUUCAUCUGAGUCAACCACGAUUAGGGCGGUGGAUGUAGGAAAAGGCAAUUGGACAUCUGCAGGCGUUUCAGAGAGCAACUUAUGGGGACGUAGUGUAUUAAUUGAGGAUCCUACUGCCAACUCACACGUUUUGGAUGGACUAGAAGAGUGGUCAGUGUACGAAAUCGCUAUGACGGCAGUGAACGAAGUUGGAGAAUCGAACGAUAGUCCACAUGCAUUUGAACGUACACGCGAGGCAGUACCAACGAUGGGUCCGGCUGUAGUAGAAGCUAAUGCAACUUCAUCUACAACCAUUGUGGUACGUUGGACGGAAGUACCGAAAGUACACCGGAAUGGACAAAUUGAGGGUUACCGUGUGUACUAUGGUUCGGUAGCAGGUCGCACCCCUGUACUACACAAAACGAUCGCCAACAACUAUACCUUUACGACAACACUAACCGAGCUGAAAAAGUAUGUGCAAUAUGACAUCCAGGUGCUGGCAUAUACCCGGCUCGGCGAUGGUGUCCUCAGUACACCCCCGGUACGCAUUCAAACGUUUGAGGAUACACCGGGCGCACCGUCGAACGUGUCGUUUCCGGACGUAUCAUUCAGCAUGGCGCGCAUUAUAUGGGAUGUGCCCGAAGAACCCAAUGGUGAAAUUUUGGCUUAUCGUGUAACGUACCUAUUGAACGGGUCGCAGAAUCUAAAUUUCACGCAAGAGUUUCCUCCAUCCGACCGAACGUUCCGUGCAACGCAGCUGCUCGCCGAGCGAUACUAUUUGUUCAGUGUGACAGCUCAGACACGACUGGGAUGGGGAAAGACAGCGGCUGCCCUGGUUUAUACUACUAACAACCGUCAAAUCCCACAGUCACCCUCAGCGCCACAAAUUUCACGCUCUCAGGUUCAAUCAGAACAGAUCACCUUCAGUUGGACACCAGGGCGUGAUGGGUUCGCUCCUCUGCGCUAUUAUUCAGUACAGUUUCGUGAAAAUGAAGGCUCCUGGACGCUAAUACCAGAACGUGUAGAUCCAGCCGUAACAUCCUACACGGCGAGCGGUUUGAAACCCCAUACAUAUUACCAGUUUCGCAUACAAGCCACGAACGAUCUGGGCCCAUCUAGCUACAGUAGAGAGAGCAUUCAAAUUCGUACCCUUCCGGCCGCUCCAUUCGAAGCUAUAACGGGUCUAAAAGUGGUUCCUAUUACCACGACGAGUGUACGUGUGCAAUGGGUAGCUUUGCGGUCCAACACAUGGAACGGUGAUGCGGAGACUGGUGGCUAUCGUAUUCUCUAUCAACCUUUAUCAGACUUUCCUUCCACGCUGCAGAGUACACCGAAGAUGGACGUUCUUGGUGUGAAUGAGGUGUCGGCUGUACUUGCUGACUUAACCCAAGAUCGUAAUUAUGAAAUCAUCCUGCAGCCAUUCAACUCACAAGGCUCUGGGCCACCGUCGCCUCCCGUUGCGGUAUAUGUUGGCGAAGCGGUGCCAAUUGGAGAACCGCUCAACAUAGAGGGUAUAGCAAUAUCCUCUACUGAAGUACGAUUGCGUUGGAAUCCACCACAGCAAAACACACAAAAUGGAGAACUGUUGGGGUACAAGAUAUUUUAUCUUGUUACCGACUCAUCGGCCCAAGAUCUCGAACCAGGACCGUCGUCAGAUGUCGGUGGAGUUAAUGGUGGAAGUGUCGCACGCCGUAAUAAAACUCCAGAAGAGGAGAUUGAAGUUGUACCAGCAUCGUAUACGACGCACAAUCUCGUUUUUCUUGACAAAUAUACCGAAUAUCGUAUUCAGAUAUUAGCGUUCAAUCCAGCUGGCGAUGGGCCACGUUCUGCACCAAUAACCGUAAAGACACUUGCCGGGCUUCCCGGUCCACCAACGCAGUUACUUUUUUCGGACAUUACAAUGAACAGUUUGACAGUUAGCUGGGAUGUGCCCCGUAAGCGAAACGGCCUCAUACUUGGGUAUAUUGUAGCUUACGAAACAACGGAAGAUAAUGAAAAAUUUAGCAAACAGGUGAAACAGAAGGUAACCGGCACUAAUUUGAUCGUACAGAACUUGGAGGAAGAAGUAACCUACACGUUUACAGUGCGCGCACAAACCAUUGAUUAUGGUCCGGCAAUCAGUGGAAAUGUAACCACGGGACCGCAGGAUGGUUCGCCUGGCUCGCCUCGUGAACUAAUGAUUGCAAAGUCACAGGCCAGCGUACAAAUGCAUUGGAUCAACGGACAGUCAGGCAAAGGGCCGAUUUUAGGUUAUUACAUUGAAACUAAAAAAAGAGAUGAUCUGCGUUGGGAAACAGUAGCACGGACAACGAAUGGCCCCAUACAAGAAUUUACCGUCAGUUUUCAAAAUCUAUUGCCGUCGACUGCGUACAAAUUCCGCGUGAUUUCUUACAACCGUUAUGGUAUAAGCUGUCCAGUCUAUUCCGAUGAUGCCGUCCUUACACCUUCGAAGCUGUAUUUGGAAUACGGCUACCUGCAGCUGAAACCUUUCUAUCGACAAACUUGGUUCAUGGUGGCACUUGCGGCCACUUCCAUCGUGAUAGUAAUUAUGGUGAUCGCCGUGUUGUGUGUGAAGAGCAAAAGUUAUAAAUACAAACAAGAGGUUCAGAAAACUCUCGAAGAAUCAAUCGCUAUGUCCAUCGAUGAGCGGCAAGAGCUGGCAUUGGAGCUUUACCGUUCUCGUCACGGUGUGUCGACGAACGGUGGAAUGAAUGGAGUCAAUGGUGGCACCGGCACGAUGAUUCAUAGCACUCUCGGGCGCCGAACCGGUACAAUACUAGGUCGAAAGGGUGGUGGUGGGGCGGGUUCCAGUACGGCAGCUGCAGCAGCAGCGGCAGCUUCAUUGGGCAAGUCUCCUCCGCGACCAUCACCCGCAUCUGUUGCCUACCACAGUGAUGAAGAGAGCUUAAAAUGUUAUGACGAAAAUCCAGAUGAUAGCAGUGUUACGGAAAAACCGUCCGAGGUGAGCUCCAGCGAUUCACAGGCAUCGGAAAGUGAAAACGAAAGUGUCCGGUCGGAUCCACACUCUUUCGUGAACCAUUACGUCAACAAUGAUCUGUUGCGGCAAUCCUGGAAACGUCAAAAGCCGGUGCGCAAUUAUUCUAGCUACACUGACUCGGAUCCUGAAGGAUCGGCUGUUAUGAGCCUGAACGGAGGACAAAUCAUUAUGAACAACAUGGCACGUUCACGGGCUCCACUGCCUGGCUUUAGUUCCUUUGUGUGA